AUGAUGUCCCCCAAGCUUGACUGGGCUGAGUUCCUGAGUCUUUACAGCCGGAUCAACAACUGUUCAUCUUCUCCUCGCCCUACUGCUGGGUUUGAGAAUUAUCUCUUCUCCCCUGAGAAGAUUCGAGAGACUUGCUCGCGCAAACCUUGCCGAACAAGACCCUCUCCUCGUGGUAGGGCUACAUAUUCAGCUCCCUCCAUCGCCUCUUCUUCGUCCUCCUGCUCUGGCAGCACACAUAGCUAUGUGGCAUCCUCUUAUGGCAGUGACCGAAGCUACUCUCCCUCUUCUUCUUACUCUUAUUCGUCCUCUCCCUCGCCAUCCCCCCGGGGCAGGGAUCUAAGCUAUCCUCAAUCUUCUUCUUCGUCCUUUCGCUAUGGCAGCACAAAUAGCUAUGUGCCAGCCUCUUGUGGCAGGGACCGAAGCUACUCUCCCUCUUCUUCUUCAUCUUCUCCGUCCUCUCGCUCUGGCAGCCGACCAUACGGAUAUAUCCCACCCGCUGAGCUAGAUCGAUAUGGUAAGCGUGUUUACCUGCCUUUGGGAAACUCCCUACGCAUCCUUUCAGAUGUUCAGAAGACUUUGGAAGACGCCUGUUUCUUCUACAGCGACCGAAAUCUGCCUAAGGUCCUUGAGGAGAAUGGAUGGGACUGCCCUGAAGCUGUCGAGCUGAACACCUGGGUCUCUGUCUUCUUCAAGCCCGCCAACUUCGAGCUCCUCAGCCACGAUUCUAAGCAAACUGGCAACAAAAAAGAUCUUGGCGACUUGCUGCGGUCGAUAAGACAAAUCCGCCACUCUACUGUCCACCGACACCGUCUGACGGUCGUUACCAUUAAGACCAUGAUAAAAGAAGCCAUAGCCUUCUGCCGCAUCCUUGAAGAACACACCUGUUACGACAAACUCCAUACCAUUUUCGGCGCUGCCCAAAUCCAGAUCGAUGAACACUAUGAAAAGUCUCAGCCCUGUCCACCUCCUGAGCCUUCAAUACUUCAAAUUCCCUCAACUCCUAAGCUCCUCCCAGAAUCUCAAAGGGAAACCAGCACCGAGGAAGACGACCGAAGCACGGAGGCGGGCAGCGACUACACUGAGUCUACUAGUACUACGACAUUUUCUAAGGAACACUUGUUCUGGCAGGGCCGCACUUGGCAGUAG